AAUAUUUGGGCACAACCUGGAUAUUCAAGAUGGCGGCCUCCAUGUUCAAUUUGACAACAAGAUUAAAAAAUGGAGUGACUUUGAUAAAUGACCUGGAUUCAUCGCGAUUUCCAUUGCUUCUCUCCAGAAUCAUUGGCAAACUAACUGUUAAGGGCGAGAAGAUAUUUUCUGAAGAUGAGCAAGCGAAGUUGUGCAGUGCUUUUAAGGUUGACAACAACAACCUGCAAAGCAUAUUGGAUACUUCAGUAUUUAUCCUUGAACAGGCUGCAUAUCAUUCUGCAAAACCUGCUGUACUUACCCAACAGUUAAAAAACAUUCAACUUUUAGAUGACAAGGUAGAGAUGUUUGUUACUGUGUGGACAACGCAUGGAAAAUCUGUCACUGAGGAGCUAAAACAAAGAAGUCUCACACCAAAACAACUAGAGAGUGUGAAAUGGAAACUCAAUCUACAAAUGGCAGAGUCAUCGAAGAGUAAGUUGAAGACACCAAGUGCAGUGGUAGAACUGGGUCUCAAAGGAGGCAAGGAACCAGAGAACAUUUGUUUAGAGUUUACCCAUGAGGAAUUGUAUUCAUUUUAUGAUCAGCUUGAAAGAAUCAAAAGUCAGUUGGAUGCCUUGCGAUAGCAGAUUUCAUUGGAAACUGACAAUGACAUUUGAAUUGGACAGUUAGAUAACAUCGCUUUAUAUAUUUUUAUACGUAAUUGUAUUUAAACUCUUGAUAAUAAGUAAAUCAAUAUAAGCAUGACCUUGUGAGACUGGUAUGUAAUCAGCUACAAAUAAGAAAUAUACUAACAAUUUUGU